ACCCCAUCCCAGAUGGUGGCGACAGAGCGCCAGAUCCGUGUUUUCUACCCUCUGUAAACCAUCAUGAGGAAAAAGAAGAGGUGAAGGAGGAGGAGGAGAAGUUCUAACUCCGUGGACUUCAAACAAAGGUGACAGAAGAGCUGCUGCUGACAGUGAGCUGUAGAUGUGACCUGUUAGUUUGUCUGAACAACCUGCUGCUAUCUGACCUGCUAACUAACGGGACUCAGCCAACUGGAUCCUUACAUGAACUGACUCUGUGCAGUGUUCCAGGUAAAGAUCACCUCGUGUCCACAGGUAGAUGUCUCAGGUCCCAGGUCAGGACCCGGCCUUUAUGGAAGCCAUCAGCAAACACAUGAGGGUCCCUGAGCGGCUGAGUGUGGGGGUGGGGCAGCAGUGGAGGAGGGAUGAGGAGGAGGAGGAGACCAGCAGGAGGCAGGAGAGGUUUCCUUCUGCUAUCAGCAUGCAGGUCCCUGAUAGGCUGACAUACACAGAAGCCCCUGAUAUGAGCCCCUCUCCUCUGUUCACCCCCAACAAACUGACCCUCUGUGGACCCCUGAGUCUGGAUCCCUGUUGGGAGAAUCCACAGGGAGAGGUCUUCCUCAGAGAAGCCCUGCAGAGUCCCAUUCGAAGAUCUUACAGUGAUCAAAGUUUUGGAAGGACACCCCCCGGGACACCAACGCAUCUCAAACCCGCUCUGACCCUCCCCAGACAACCAUCCAGUCUCCGUAGUUCGGGCCGUGCCCUCCUCCAGAGAUCUUCCACCCAAAGCAGCGACUCUCAGGCCCCAUCCCUCUCCUCCAGCCACAGCAGCGACUCUCAGGCCUUGCCCCCCUCAUCCGGCCCUCCCAGCUUCUUGUCUUCUCAAUCCUUUUUGCAGACGGCCAGGGAUCUGGGCCUGCAGGCCUCACAGCGCCUCCUGCAGGCAGUCAGCCAAAAAUACAGAUUUAGAAAUCAAGAGAAGCCCCCAGCAGCCAGGUUAAUGGGCGAGGGUCCUGCUGCAGCACAGGUGGAGCUCAGCAAGAGAAGGAUGAUGGAGAGCUGGAACUCUGAGGAGGAUGGAGGUGCUGCAGUCGAGUUCAUUAUCCUCAGGAGACAGGUGAUGAAGAUGAGUCGUCGUCUUGCAGCUUUGGAGCGUCACAGCGCUGAACGGAGAAAUGCUGAGCUGGUUUUGUUUCUCUGCUGUUGUCCGCCUGCAUGCUCAAUGUGUGGCUGUGGAUACGCAGAUAACACACACACACACACACGGACACACACACACACCAAAAUGCAAUGCAGCUUCUCUUCUACUUCAGGUGAAUAUAUAACUGACUACAUGUUUACCUGUCAGUCACAUUAUGAGGCUCUGUCACACCUGAUACACCUGCAUACUGAUGUCAUUCUGCCUCAUGCAGUUGCCGUGGUAACAUAUUAAAUGUCACAGGAGUGUUUUUAAAGAUGAAUCCUAGUUAUUUCAUUCAGUCUUUGUGAGUGGCUGAUGGUGAAACAGCACAGUGUUAGACAUCACUUUGAACUGUGCCAUUCAUCUGUAUGUAGAUUACAUUGUGCAUAUGUUAUUGUCUGUAGAUAAAUAUGAUAUUAAUGUAUGUUUAUUUAAUAAAGGAGUUUGUUUGUGAA